AAAAGUCCCUUCAAUUGUCCGGCCUUCAUUUUCCAUUUCCGCAGUCUGUUCUGCUCUGCUUGGUAUUCCAAUGGAAGACGACGAAGGGGAACUGCUCCUAUGGAAGUCGGAUUCAGCACCUCAAUCCAUGGUCUCAGUCACCGUCGGCAGAGUUAUGGCCACCUUACUCGCGGCUCGCCCAAAGAAGCUUCACGACGCCGUUUCCGGUCUCUCACCCGACCACCGCCACGGAGCUUCACUAGAUUCUUUGGAUCAAUCUCUCUGGUUUCUGCAUAAGUAUGUCAGGGACGCUGUUCAAAACCAUGCUUCUUUAGAUGAAAUCCUCGUUCCAAUGAUUGAACAUACGUUGAGAUUCAAGGAUAAGAACUGGAAGCGAGGGGGCCAAGUUAUGGUGCUUCUUAACUGGCUGUUCCUUGACGAGCUUACUUUUCAAUCGCUUAUCAAAAAUCUUGCUGAUAUUAUUGUGAGAAAGGAUGAUCGCUAUGUCGCCCUUGGCUGGUGUAUCCUUGUUCGCAGUCUUGUGGAGUUCGAGUCUGUCCCUAAUGAACUUUCAUUGAACGGGUUAAGGGAGAGAUUCAAGGAUAUGUUGAAGGUAUUCUCUUCGUGCAUUCCACGCCUGACAUGUAUUUUAAGUAAAGGAAGUAUUCUACAGGAAGGGUUUGAGUUACCUUCUCGCCUUUCGGUUUGUGCUGCCGAUUGUGUAGUAUCCCUUACUAAUGCACUGACUAGAAAGGCUGAGGCUCAAACUAGGCAGAAAAGAUUAAAUGCAAGUUCAUCAUAUCAGCAAGUUACUUUAUUUUCAAAUGCUGUUGAUGACCAGCGAGAGAAACCAAUUAGUAGUUCUUCAAAAGACUCAAACUUGGACAUGGAAUAUUUACUCUGGGAUCAAUUGAAGGAUCUCUUGAUUUUAGUACAGAGGCUUCUUGCAUGGAGCAUGAAAAGUCGGCCAUUGCAUGCAAAAGGUUUAGAGCAAGUGCUUAAAUGGUUGCAAGAGAUAAAUGUGCAUUAUGGUAGCUUCCGAAAUGAGGCAGGGAAGGAAAAAGCAAAGAUUUCCCAAACUGGAGCAUUGCUACUUUCUUCUUGUUGGAGGCACUACAGCAUCUUAUUAUUUUUGGAUGAUUGCCGAUUUUCUCAGCAUUAUGAAGAAUGGUUGAACCAGUACUUGUCAGGCAUUCAGUAUUAUUCAGGGCACCACACUGGGGAAAGUGUCGGAAAUAAGGAUGGUAGAGAGACCAUUAUUUUUUUCCUGAAUUGUUUAUGCCUUCUAUUGGGCCGGCUUGACAGCAAAAAAUUUGAAAGUACAGUAUCAGAAUAUGGAUCUCAGAUUUCUCAGGUUCUGCUAUUGCAGUUCCAUAGUACAGAUGAAGAUGUUAUUACCGAGGUUGUUAGCAUAUUUAAGGCGGUUUUUCUCAAUCCAAAACUUUCUUCUGGAGACAGCAUCACUGACAUUAGGCAGCUGGACGUUGUGAUGCCAUCAUUACUUAACCUUCUAGAUGAGCGGGAUGUCACAGCUAGAGCUGUCAUCAUUCUCAUUGCUGAAUCUUGUUUAAUGAGCAGAGAUAAUGAUCAGUUCCUUUUGGAAGUCUUCAAGCGAUUUGAUUCUGAUAGUAUCGUUCAGAGAAGGAAUGCUAUUGAUGUGAUAUCUGAAAUUGUUCAGAUGUCAUCAAAUAAAAGAAAUUUACUUACUCAGUCAGCAUGGCAAGAUAUAGCUAAACAAUUAAUCAAGUGCCUGGAAGAUGAAGAAAUUCUAAUUCGUAAACAGGCUGCUGAUUUGCUUCCUUGCAUUGACCCUUCUUUAGUUUUACCUUCCUUAGUACGUCUUGUCUACUCGUCAAAUGAUAAAGGUCUAGCUUCAGCCGAGGAGGCUCUCGUUGGGGUGCUCAAGUGUCAUAAUCAGAACAUUGGAGCGAUUUUUGUGCUACUUGACUGUGUUAGUGAUUUUGGCCUAAAUGCAGCUCUUUCAAAUACUGGGGGUAAAGGUCAAGGAUCAAGGUUGCAAAGUGAUCGAGUGCUCAGCUUAAUUCCUAAAUGGUCUCACAGUGUUCAAGAUUGGAAGUUCUUGAUAGGAUCGUUGAUUGAUAAGAUGUUUGCAGAACCAUCUAAUGCAGUUCUCGUUAGAUUCCUGAGUAUUAUAAACGAGCACUUGGUGAAAGCUACUGAUGUGAUCCUAAAGCGUAUCUUGUCGUAUGUGAAAGGACAGAAAGAGAUUGAUGAAAGCUUCUACACUAAACGGGGGAGCCAAAAUGUAGAUAUCUCUCCAAGUGUGCAGCAAUCUCUAUUUGAGCGUCUUUGUCCACUACUUGUUAUCAGGAUGCUUCCCCUUGAAGUUUUUAAUGACCUGAGUAUGUCUGUCAUGUAUGGGCAGCUUCCUAACCGAACAAUUAUUAAUGUUUCAUGGUCUGCAGAUAUGGACAUUGUUGAUCCUACGUGUGUUGUGGAGCUCUUAUUAAACAGGGCCUUUUCCAAGUUCGAAUUUGAUGAUGUACGGAAGAUGGCUGCUGAGCUUUGUGGGCGCAUUCAUCCCCAGGUGCUUUAUCCUUAUGUUAGCUUGGUACUAGAAGAUGCAGUGGGUUCUCACAAUAUACCAGGAAUAAAAGCCUGCCUUUUUUCAAUGUGCACGUCCCUUGCGGUAAGAGGCGAGCAUAUGUCUUCACAUUUCGACAUAUUUGAAAUUGUAAAAACCUUGGAAGUAGUUCUAUCAUGGCCGUCUCAGGAUGGGGAUGAAGUUUCCAAAUCACAACAUGGGUGCAUUGAUUUCAUGGCUUUGAUGAUAUGUGCUGAACUACAAGCUCCGAACACUUGCAGCACCUCCAGUAAGAAAGGGCAUGCCUCUGUAAAAGGUUCGAUUCUGGGUUAUGUGAUCCAUCAAUUAAUAGAUGGUAGAAAAGAACUAGUUUCAACCUAUGAUUUGGACCAGAAAUACAACACAGCCGACAAUUGUACUCCUGUAUCCUUUCGCCUCUGCAUGGCAAAUGUGCUCAUCAGCGCCUGCCAAAAGCUUUCAGAUUCGAGGAAGAAACGAUUUGCUAGAGAAGUUCUUCCACGUCUCGUUUCUUUUGCCAAGGUAACAAGUACACAGGUAGAUAUUAGAGCUGCAUGUAUUGGAGUCAUCUUUUCAGCCGUAUAUCAUCUGAAGUCAGCUAUUCUACCUUAUGCUAAUGAUAUUUUCAGAGUCUCAGUAAACGCUCUGAAAAGUGGGCAAGAAAAGGAAAGGAUAGCUGGUGCUAAGCUGAUGGUAUCCCUAAUGUCAAGUGAAGAUCCAAUUUUGGACUGUAUUUCUGGAGAACUACUAGAAGCAAGAGAUGUGCUGUCGAGUGUAUCUUCUUUAGAUCCUUCAAUUGAGGUCCAACAAAUUUGCCAGAAAAUGCUCCAAUGUUUGCUUUCUCCAUGAGUUCGUAUGCGUUGUUCAUCUUUCCCAUGUGGCGAUAUGAAUAUGUUUAAAUGGGAUUAUUGUAAAUUCUUAUGGAAUUAGCAUUAUUGUGUUUGAUGUUUUUAAUAUAUAUAAAAGAAUUGAUUUUGGUGUGAAAA